AUUAAUUAAGAAGCAAAGUAACUGCUCUAAUUUUUCUUUGUUUUCCCCUAGCUAGUUGUUGUGAGCGAAAUUAAUUAUAAACAUAUCUGUCACAAGACCAAAAGAUGGCAUCGAGAGGGAUUCAAAUUUGCAUGGCUUUAGUUGCAAUAGUGAGCAUGAUUUCGACAGGGGCAAUGGCUCAAUCCAACUGCAUGAACGCCUUCUUUAGCAUGUAUUCAUGCCUUAGCUAUGUGACUGGAAGUUCAAAAACACCGUCGAGCUCUUGCUGCUCCGCCCUGUCUGGUGUGCUGCAGUCGCAGCCCAGGUGCCUUUGCACCAUUGCUAAUGGAGGUGGUUCGUCGUUGGGCGUCCAAAUUAAUCAAACUCUUGCACUUGCACUGCCUGGUGCAUGCAACCUGCAAACUCCUCCUGUUAGUAGAUGUUAUGCUGGUAAUGGACCGGCAAUGUCUCCAGUGCCAAUGGGUUCUCCAGUGGGUUCGCCAGAGGGUUCAGUACUUCCGACGACGGGACAGCGGAUUCUUAAACUGGUUCAUCGUUUUCAGGCUCGAAGACAACAGGGAGCAGCAGUACCUCUGGUGGAAGCCCCUUAAAUAUAAUCUCCCUCUUCAAAUUGUUGCUGCCUUCUAUCUUUUCAUGGUUUCGUCUAGGAGUUCCAAAGAAGUAAUGUAUUAAUGUACUGUCAUGUGAAGCGAAUUAUGUUACUACUUGUAUUGUGUAUCCUUUUCAGUUUGCCAGUUGUGUUUGUACUGUCCUAGCAAUGCACUCCAAAAGUUUGAACAUUUGUGUUUGAGCUUUCAGCA